ACCCACAAACGAAGCGCAGACAGACGGCUGCCUAAACUGAAGCAAGCGCGGAGUGUGCAGUGCAGUGCGGACGACGGAGAGUGAUAAUUAUAAAUACGCAACAUUUACUGUUGGUUGGAAAUUUUCAUCUCAUAUCCGAACCCAAAUGUAGAGUAAUAUCACACCGAGCGGGAACACACUCUCCUUGAGGCGCGCACGUUGCAUUGACGAAUGCAACCACCACCGUUCACCACUGAGGCUGCCGGCUAGGAGGAACGAACGGGGGUUCGACUCAAAUUUCACCGUCGUCGUCGAUUACACGGCGGGUUCGGUCGUCAUCGCCACCUCUCCAGGCAGACCAGUCCAGUGACUGAGCUUGAGCUAGGCGGAAAUGGCGGCUCUGCCACCGCGUAAAAAUCCUACGCCAACGAAAAUCUCCAAGCAACAUCUCACUCCGCUGCAGAUCCUGCUCCAGAUGGGCUUCCCGAAGCAUAGGGCGGAGAAGGCGCUGGCGGCGACCGGAAAUCGUGGCGUGCAGCUGGCCUCCGAUUGGUUGUUGGCCCAUGUCAACGAUCCGUCGCUGGACGAGUGUUCGCCACGGGAGUACAUCCUGUACGCUUGCCCGACGGGACCGUUUCUGCAGCAGUUGGAGAACUUCUGGACGCAAUCGCGGGAACUGUGCGGCUGGAAUGGAGCGCACAACUUCACGCCGCAUAUCACGCUGGUUUCGUUCUUCAAGGCGCCGGACGAGUGCGCUCCGCAGCUGUCGAAGGCGCUGAAGGAGCUGAUGACGUUGCCGGGGGCGCUUAUUGAUCGACCGAUCAGCUUGGAGCUGUACACCAGUCCGAACUUUAUGGGCUUUUUUGUUGUGGAGGAUGAUGCAAACUAUCUGAAGCGGUUGGCGCUGCAGUACGUCAAGGAAGUGUCCCAUUCGAUAAUCAGCGACACCUACGAACAGCUAGACGCGCUAGUAACCUGUUUUCCGUGGUGUGGGGGAGUAACAUCAGCCCGUUGUAUUCCGCGUAGCAGCCGAUCGAUAUCGUUGGAACCGCAUGUCAAGUCGUUGCACCUAACGUUGGCAUACCAGUUCCCAACGGCUCAGUUUAACGCACUGAAGCAACUGGUGGAAAAUCUGGACAGCUCCAGCACUGGAGCAAAUUGGGAGUUGCGGCUGUAUUCGCGAGAUGCACGACUGGCGACCAAGCAGGUCCACAAAGUCCUGUACCCACACACGCCCCGCGAACCGGAUGAACUGGAACUUCGCAUAGGUGACUACAUCUACCUAAGCUCCGAAGCCAUCCAAAACUCCUCCGACGGAUGGGUCGAAGGCAUUUCCUGGCUAACCGGCACCACCGGAUACCUUCCGGAGAACUACACCGAGCGGACCGCGGAGUCCGAUGCAUGGACCAUGCACCGUACCGUGCAGCUAUGCGAUCCCAUAACUCCAGAUUUGGGCGAACAACCUUCCGAUAUGGUAGAUGGGAUAGCCGGUUUCAACCGGUCAGCGACGAUACACGAGAAUCACGAUAUUGAGUCACUCGAAACGGUAUCAGUAGGUCACGGUGAAGUGCAGACGCAACAACAGCUAGUGGAGAUGUCACAGGUGGACGCCAGAUCGAAGGAAGACGCCGUGUCGGCGGAGAAGUUGUACGAGCUGAUGAAGAAACGCACCGCCCAGUCGGUGAUUGGUGGCAGCAGUGCCGGCGAGGAGUCGAAGGAAAACUCGGUGGCCAAGGACGAUGGCGCCGCGGGAAGACGGAUCUACGUGCUGCGACAUGGCGAGCGGAUUGAUUUUACUUUUGGAACGUGGAUUCCGUACUGUUUUGACCAAACCGGGAACUACAUCCGGAAGGAUCUGAACAUGCCAAAGUCUUUACCUCAGAGAAUAAGUGCCCAAUGGAAGCGAGAUUCGCCGUUGACCAACAUGGGUCUGUAUCAGGCUCGGCUGACGGGUGAAGGGAUGAGAGACGCUGGUGUCCGAAUCGAUCACGUGUACAGUUCACCGUCCUUCCGUUGCAUUCAGACCACUACGUCAAUACUGGAAGGCCUUGGUCUGAAGGACAGUCAUCCGAUUCACGUGGAACCGGGGCUAUUCGAGUGGUUGGCAUGGUACCAAGAGGGACUGCCGGAGUGGAUGUCCAAGGAGGAACUGGUUGCGGCCGACUACAACAUCGUACUAGACUAUGAACCUCUCACCAAGGAGGACGAUCUCAAGGCAAGACUGCAGGAAGGUUUGGAAGAGUUCUACCAGCGGAACUCGUCCGUUACAGAGUAUUUGAUCAACAAUACAAGCGGGAACAUUCUGAUCGUAGGUCACGCAACGACCCUGGACACCUGCACGCGACACAUUGUGGGUGAAAAGCUACGCUCAACGAACGACAUGAGCCGCAUUAUGCAAAAAGUUCCUUACUGCAGUAUGGCUGUGAUCGAGUCGGAGGACGGUCUCGGCGAUUGGAGGCUGGUGGAGCCACCGUGCGAUCCCGUCACCCAUACCAACAACAACCGGUUCGAUUGGAAGAUUCUUGCCUAGAGGAAAGGGGAGAAUCGCGGCGGCAAUCUUCCAUGAACAAAUUAGCAGUCAAGGAAGGAAAGAAGGAACGAAGGAGGUUCCAUAAAUCUGUCGACAUGCACGUGUUUGACGGUGGACAGAGGACAUCCGCGUGUUUUCGAACUUAUCUAAUAAUUAACAAAUUACUCUCGUCGAAUAGAUUGUGGUGGUGUUCCAUGAGCAUGAUUAAAAUGACGUAGGAUUAGUUUCGGUAAAUUGUA